AUGGUUGUUAUGGAUAUAAAAUACCUUGUUAAUAAUAACCAAGAUACGCUGCUCGGUGCUAUUGACUAUGAUGGUCUAGACCGAAAACGAAGUGUUCAAGAUGAGUUUAUUGGAAAUAAAAGGUGCAAGUUUUCAGAAAAUGAAGAUGAUUUUAGUGAUUUUGAAGCUUCUGAACUAUCUUCCUACACAAGACGCUCUACUAUAACUUCAGUGACGUCAAUAGAUUCUAGCGACAACUCCUCAAAAAUUGGUGAUGAGUACAACGAGAAUAGGGAAUACCAUGCAGACUCAUGUGGAAUAAAAAGCAAAUUAGAUGUGUUGCAAGUAUUGUCAGAUAAUUGCGGUAAAAAUCUCACUCUUAACAAGAUUCAGUUUAAAGAUCCUACCCUACCUCAAUUUUCUAACUUCGAAGAUUUACCGAUUGAUGAGCAAGCAUCUAUACGGCAAAAAAUGGUCAAUUCAAUUCAUAAUGAGUAUGUAAAUCCACUACUAGAUAUUACUGGCUAUAAGUGGAUCAGAAAGGAAGUUCCCAGUAAAGGCAAAGGCGUGAAAAUAUUUUCAGUGAAAUACUGUUGUUCACAACAAAAAGUGGCCUCGAAGAGGACUCCUGAUAGAUCAAGGCAAUUGACGCACCCUUUAAAACAAUUUGAUUGUGAAUCUUUAUAUUCAAUUAGGUAUUAUUGGUCUACCCAAACCAUAGAAAUUAAUUACAAUCACCUAUGUCAUUCUCCAUAUAAGCGAUUGCCAGAAAAGCUCAAGAAGUUUAUAAUACAAAGACUCGAUAUGAAAGCUGUCGAUUUGUAUAAUGAGAUAUUGAAUGAACCCGACUUUCGUGACAUAAAGCAUUUGAUUUUUUUUUCGAAAGUUCAAAGUUUUUGGUCAAAGGAGCGGACGAAACGGAAGAAGGAGUCAACGAAGGAGGCCUUCAAAAAGUUUUUUAUGAAUUAA